GAACAUAUACUUUUCAAAGAAACCAAAAAGUCCCUCAAAAAAAGGAAAAGAUCACUUAAUCUUUUAGCAUGACGAGGCAAAGAAUGAUUACAGUUGAGUCGCCAAAGAAGAAAAUGGGUGGAAUUGUGAAGCUCAAGAAUGUUGUAGAGAGGUUGGUGCAAAUCAAAGGCUUUUCCUCGGCCAAGAAACCGUGUUCCGAAGAAUAUGACCGUGAUUGUGUCCCAAAAGACGUGAAGGAAGGUCAUUUUGCGGUGAUAGCCGUUGAUGGGUAUCAUGAGCCUACACAAAGAUUUGUUGUCCCAUUGAUGUUUCUAGAACACCCUAUGUUCCGGAAGCUUUUGGAACAAGCAGAGGAGGAAUACGGGUUCUAUCACGAUGGAGCUUUGAUGGUACCUUGCCGGCCAAGCCACCUACGGAUGAUAUUGACUGAACAAUGGUGUUAGAAUUUAUGCUGUAGUUAUUACUGAUCUACUUCAUAUUACAUAAUAAAACCGAAUUAUUCACUAGAUGGACUCUUGUGCUUCCUAGUCACAUAAGAUUUUCACUAUGCAAUUGGUAUCGAUCUAAUGAAUAAGCUAUCUUCUAUAACCUCAAACUUGCAAAAUGAACAGCUAAUUUUAAU